CUCUGCGCAUGCGCGGGGAAGGGGGCGCUCCCUGCCGAGAGGGGUGAGGACGCAGGGCGCCUCCUAAGGGCGGGGAGGAGCAGGCGCCGCAGUGGGCAUCGAGACAGGAAGGAGCAUUGGAAACUUCUGGGCAACUUGAAGACAACAGUGGAGGGUUUGGUGUCCACCAACAACCCGAAUGUUUGGUCCAAGUAUGGCGGCUUGGAGCGGCUGUGCAGAGACAUGCAUAGCAUCCUCUUCCAUGGGCUCAUCCACGAUAAGGUGUACUGCAGGCAGCAGGAUUACUGGCAGUUUGUGAAGGAUAUCCGCUGGCUGAGCCCCAACUUUGCUCAUCACGUGGAGGAGUUCAUCAGCCUGCGUGAGGAUGACCUGCAAAACGCCGACAGCCUCAGCGACCAGGCCCCAGCGAAGCGGUGGCUGCAGCGCAGCCUGCAGUUCCACUGCCUAUCCGCCCAGUUGAAGCCUCUGCUGGGGAACAGGCAGUACAUCAGGAAAUUUUACACAGAUUCUGCUUUUCUGAAGUCCAGGGCCCAUGUCACAGCCAUGUUACAGUGCCUUGAGGCUGUGGAGCAAAACAACCCCCGGCUCCUGGCUCAGAUCGACACGUCCAUGUUCGCCAGGAAGGGUGAAGCCCCACCGCAGGCGACCAAGAGCCAGAGCCUGACCGCACUCCCUGGGUCUGUGGCAGUCAUCCCCGCGGACUACCCCUCACAUCGGUACUUCGGGUCCUUCUCCAGCCUGCACCAGCCAGCCACCACAGGCAUCUCGGACAGGAGACUGGCGAGCUCCUUGGUGGGAAUCAGCAUUAGCCAGCUUCCAGAGAGCUCCCUGCAUGACUUGCCCUCCUCGCUGCCGCACGACCAAUCCCCUCUGGGCCAGCCUGGCCCCCUUCCCAGCCUCAGCACUCCCUCCUCCAAGGACUUGUCCUCUCCGGCCAGUGAGAUGAGUGCCAGCACCACGACCGGCCAAAGCGAGGACGCCUGGGUGGGCAGCCAGGACGACCAGCAGAGCGACGCCAACGACGGGCCGGAGUACCUGGCCAUCGGGAACCUGGGGCGCCGGGGCCGGGCAGCCAGCAGCCAGAGCAGCUCAAGCAGCAGCAAGAGCAGCAGCUCUCCCCUCUUCUCAUCCAGCAGCUCUCAGAAGCCGGAGUCAGUGUGCUCCUUGGGGGAGCAGGGGCCCAGCAGUUGCACCAGGGCCAUGGGCAUCCUGCGCAGGUCCAGCUUCUCGGAGGGGCAGACAGCGGCCACACAGGGGAUCCCCAAGAAGAGUCAUGCACGCUCCCAGUCGGAUACCAACGUGGCCUCAGGGAGAGCUCAUGGAGGCCUCAGGGAUAUCACCAUUAUUAUAGAAGACCCAGUGGCAGAAUCGCAUGGGGACAUUUUGCGAGUCCGAGGCCCCUUGUGCUGCUCCCCCCAGGGCAGUGACGUGAGCACGCCCAGCUCCCUGUACAUGGAGCAUGAAUCCAGCCAGUACCUGAGUUCGGGAGAAGGGAUGUUCCGAAGACCCUCGCAGGGGCAGUCCCUCAUCAGCUACCUGUCGGAGCAGGACUUUGGCAGCUGUGCGGACCUGGAGAAGGAAAAUGCCCACUUCAGCAUCUCAGAGUCGCUGAUUGCAGCUAUUGAGCUGAUGAAAUGCAACAUGCUGAGCCAGCAGCUGGAGGAGGAGGAGGAGGAGAGUGAUAAGGAGAUCCAGGAACUCAAGCAGAAGAUCCGCAUCCGGCGCCAGCAAAUCCGCACCAAACAUCUGCUCCCUGGCUACCGGGAAAUGGGCUCUGAUGGCUUUAUGGCUACAGACAGUGGGUCCCAGUUCAGCUCCCGUGACUCCAUGCGGCUCUCAGACUCGGGCUCUGCGGAGGAAGUUGAGGAGUACGAGAUACAAGAUGGUAGCGAUGGAUCUAACCUGAUUCAAAUGUCCAAGAACGGGCUCUCGGUGUCAAUGGCUUCCCUAUUCUCAGAUGCUGACAUCAAGAAGAGCAUGCCAGCUGCCCGGAAAUCCUUCCUUUCCUCGGAGUCUGUGUCCUACACCUUCCUGCAUUCAAACUCAGCCGAGGCGGUGGCAAUGGGCCUGCUGAAGCAGUUUGAAGGCAUGCAGCUCCCGGCUGCAUCCGAGCUGGAGUGGUUGGUCCCGGAGCACGAUGCCCCUCAGAAGCUCCUGCCCAUCCCAGACUCGCUGCCCAUCUCUCCCGAUGAUGGAGAGCAUGCUGACAUCUACAAGCUGCGCAUUCGGGUCCGUGGGAACCUGGAGUGGGCACCUCCCCGGCCCCAAAUCAUCUUCAACGUCCACCCUGCCCCAACGAGGAAGGUGGCCGUGGCGAAGCAGAAUUACCGGUGCGCCGGCUGCGGCAUCCGGACAGACCCUGAUUACAUCAAGCGGCUGCGGUACUGCGAGUACCUGGGCAAGUACUUCUGCCAGUGUUGCCACGAGAACGCGCAAAUGGCCAUCCCUAGCCGCAUCCUGCGCAAGUGGGACUUCAGCAAGUACUACGUCAGCAACUUCUCCAAGGACCUGCUGGGCAAGAUCUGGAGUGACCCGCUCUUCAACAUGCAGGACAUCAACGCAGCGCUGUAUCGCAAGAUCAAACCCCUCAACCAAGUCCGGCUCCUGAGGGUCCAGCUGUUCCAUAUGAAGAACAUGUUCAAGACCUGCCGCCUGGCAAAGGAGCUCCUGGACUCUUUUGACGCGGUGCCCGGCCACUUGACGGAAGACCUCCACCUCUACUCCCUCAACGACCUGAGCACCACCAAGAAGGGGGACCUUGUUCCCCACCUGACGGAGCUCGUGAAGGCCGGGGCUCUGCAUGUUGAGAGAUGCGUGCUGUGUCAAGCCAAAGGCUUCAUCUGUGAGUUCUGCCAGAACGAGGACGACAUCAUCUUCCCCUUUGAGCUGAACAAGUGCAGGACAUGCGAAGAGUGCAAGGCCUGCUACCACAAAUCCUGCUUCAAGGUGGGGCCCUGCCCCAAGUGUGAGCGGCUCCAGGCCCGGAGGGAGCUGCUGGCCAAGCAGAGCUUGGAGUCAUGCACCUCGGACUGCGAGGAGGAGCCGGAGCCACGGGAGGCAGCAGCCGCCACGUGAGGAGGGAGCAGAGCCAGCAGGCACACAGGGCCUCCGGCUGCAGGGACCGACUGACAGAUUGGAACUGACUCACUGCACUGCUCCGCGGGGCUGAGACACGGGGACCUCGAGCACCAGCCCCCAGUGCUGGCGGGACCAGCUCUGCCUCACGGGCAGUGUUGCUUUUCUCCGUGGGUCGUGGUCCAGUAGACGGGAUAGGGGGGGUUGUUCCAGGUGCUGGCGAGUCCCAGCCUUGCCCCACGUGCAGCCUGGGCCUCAGUGAAGGAGCAACAGCCCCACACCCCCUUCCUGUUAACCUUUUGGCAGCAGCUUCUACCCAGAGCCUGUCUCGACUCCACGUGCUGCUGGACCAGCUGCGCCUUGAGGGCUUUGCUGAGGCCUCUCUGCUGCCCUCCCCUGCCCUUUGCUGCUGUGGGUUUUCUUCACAAGAACCUUCCUUACCGCUGGGAUGCUGUGAACAGUGCCUCGGCCAGUCUGCAGCCCUG